CACUCACUCUCUCUCUCCCUCCCACUCUCAUUCUCUAUAAAUGUUGUAUGACUCAUCGGGAAAGAUAUCAAAUACAAAAAAGGAAAAAGAUUGAAACUUCUCCUCCAUAACUAGCAUGCUCCCAUUUCCUUCCCUCUGCUAAAGAAAACCAGUGCUACACUCUUUCACAACAAAAUACGCCAAGUCCUUUUCUUUGAGACAUUUCCACAAGCACUUACAAGGCACCCAUUAGAAAUGAGCGCUGAUCAACCCCAGAGUUCAGAAACUGAAAGCAGCUCCAACUCGUCCACUUCCGCAUCGCCUCCUUCCUCGCCUUCCUCACUCCAAACCCAAAACCCACAAAAACCCAGCUCGCCAAUUCACCAAGGAAUCGACACUCCCUGCAAAAAAAAUGCCAAACGAGUCAGAGACUCCAGCAAACACCCGGUUUAUCGGGGGGUCCGAAUGAGGAACUGGGGCAAAUGGGUAUCCGAAAUCCGCGAGCCUCGGAAGAAAUCGCGCAUUUGGCUCGGCACUUUUCCGACUCCUGAAAUGGCCGCCAGGGCCCACGACGUCGCCGCUUUGAGCAUCAAGGGCAACUCAGCGAUUCUCAACUUCCCGGAGCUCUCCGACUUGCUGCCUCGCCCGGUUUCAAACGCCCCCCGCGACGUCCAGGCAGCCGCCAGCAAAGCCGCGGAAAUGCACCAAUUCGACUCCAUCCCGUCAAUGUCGCCGUCCCCCUCGUCGCUGUCCUCGCUCGUCUCGGCCAUAGACAACUUGUCGUCCGAGUCGGACGAGCUGAGCGAGAUCGUCGAGUUGCCGAGUCUGAGUUGCGAGUCGACCGAGUUGAGAAGCGAGUUCGUGUUUGUGGACUCGGAGGACCAAUGGGUUUAUCCGCCGGCGUGGCUGCCGCGCGUUGGGGAGUUCGAAUGCAGUGAGUUGGGGGCGGCGAGUUCAGUUGGGUUUGAGUGUUUGUUAUGGGAUUAUAAUUAAGUAGCACAACUUGCCGCACUCGCACUCGCACUUGCACUCGCACUCGUACGUAAUUGACUCUUCAUUUUAUUAUUUAUUUAAAUAUAUUUUAAAAAAUAAUGAACUUACUAAUCACUCGCACUACCACUUCACUCCUUUGUGUAUAUAGUUUAGCCGUUUCUGCUAAUUAGCUGUUAAUUAAUUAAGAGUUUGUAAGUGUGAGCUUUCUUUGUUUAUUUUUGGAGUUUUCAGUGUUUUCGCUCUUUGGAUUUUUACUGUGAAGGGCUUAAAUUCUGAUCAUCUCUCUCUCUCGUUUCCUUUUUACUUUGUACUCUGCUUUUGUGUAAUUGUACAGUGUACUAGUCUACUGUUUUUAGGAUGGAAAGCAAAUGCCACGAGACGUUUUCUUUCCUCUUUGGUUGGCAACUUUGGUGCAAAUAGAAUAAAGCCUUUGUCUUUCGGUU